AUGCAGCUCAUCGAGUCCAUCCGCGCCAGGGUGCACGCCGCCUGCGGCUCCGUUGUGUCAUGCGCCGACAUCACCCUGUUCGCCACCCGCCACAGCAUCGUCGUGUCCGGCGGGCCCUGGUUCUCCGUGCCGCAGGGCAACCUCGACAGCCUCGCCCCGGCGUCACAGGACAAGGUGUCCAACCUCCCGUCGCCCACGACGGCCAGCGUGGCCAAGCUGGUGGAGUCCUUCCGCACCCGGGGCCUCGGCGACGUGGCCGACCUCGUGGCGCUCUCCGGCGCGCACACCAUCGGGCGGUCGCACUGCGGCAGCUUCGCCGACCGGUCCCGGCGCGCGGACGACACCUUCUCGCGGAAGCUGGCGGCCAACUGCAGCAAGCACCCGGACCGGCUGCAGAACCUGGACGUGGUCACCCCCGACCUCUUCGACAACGGGUACUACAAGGCGCUGCGGUCCAACCAGGGCGUGCUCACCUCCGACAUGGCGCUCGUCAAGAAUAAGACCACGGCGGCCAUCGUGAAGCGGUUCGCCCAGAGCAAGGACGCCUUCUUCCGGCAGUUCGCCAGGUCCAUGGAGAAGCUCGCCAGGGCGCCCAAGCCGGCGGGCAACGUGGGCGAGAUCCGGCGCUUCAGCUGCUUCAGGACCAACGCCCAGCGCGCCGACGCUGCCGGUGAGGAGGAGGGGGAGGAGGAGGAGGAGGGCUUCGCCGCCUCCGCCUGA